AUGGGCUGGGAUAGCAAAAGGAGGCUGAAUGUUUUGCUCCAACACCUCACCAGGCCUCCCGACCAACUCCUCCACGCAGGCCGCAACCUCAGCCAAGACCUCGACGGCCUGGUCCCUCCAGGCCUCAAACGUGACGAUCUCGACGGUCAGCGUCCUGCCGCCGUCGGCCACGAACGCCUGGCACUUCCACUCGCGCAGCGGCUCCUGGUGCGGGUAGAUGGUCUCGGUGGUGGCGCCGAGGCCGCGGAAGCCGAGGUCCUCGACGUGCUCGACGUCCUGGUGCACGACCGUGUCGAACCAGUCCACCUUGUCCCGUCCGCUCUGCGCCCAGCCGGGGCGGCAACACAGCUCCGCGAUCUCGGACAGGGCCAUGCCCUCGUGCGCCGACGAGGCCGCGUGCUGCUCCUGCACCGCCUCCAGCAGGUCCGUGCCGGUCGUGACGCCCGGGACGAGCCGGGCCCGGAACGGAAUGUACUGCCAGCAGGGGCCGACGACGUUCUCGGCGCACGGGAAGCCCGUGCCGCGGCCCGAGACCACCUCGCCAAACAGCACGUCCGUCAACCCGCGGCGGCGUGCGAGGCAGAGCGCCCAGGCGGCCGUCGGGAUCGUGGCGACCGUGAUCCCGGGCGCGGUCGUGGCCGCGGCCGAGAUGUCGAUGGUGUGGUCGACGGCAAAGUGCCUGCGGCCCGAGGCGGGCACCUGCGCCAUGGGGCCGAGGUCCGGCCGCAGCACCGUCGGUGGCGCCGAGCCCGCGAGCAGCUCCCUCCAGUACUCGACGCUGGUCGGGUUCGCGGUGCGGAGGGUGUGGUGCACAAAGCUCGAGAAGGGGAUCGUCUCGGCGACGGGCGCCUUGCCCGUGUACAGGGCUUCCAGCUGGCGGAGGAUGAGCGGCAGGCAGAUCUCGUCGUACUGGGCGUGCGAGAUGCGCAGCACGAGGGCGCCCGGUGCGCUCGACCCGCUGGGCUGCGACCUGACGAGGUACCACUUGACGAAUGCAGCGCCUUCGGGGAUGUCGCCUUCUAUGUCGAGGUUGCACAGUUCGUGGGUGAACUUUUGCACGUCGGUGCCUUCGGCCGCGUCGUGGUGGUCGAACUCGGCAACCAUGUCAUCGACGACCACGCCGUAGCAGACGUUGUUCUGCGCAGUUGCAAACACGGUACGGAGGAUCUCGUUCCUCUGCACCACCUCCUGACACACCUGCUGCAACCGUGGCACGUCGAGCCCGCGAUGGUCGUCAAAGUACAUGGCUUCAUAGCGCAUCGAGAAGCGAGGAACCUGCGUGCUGCCGGUGACGGCAACCGUCUGGAGCGGGCGCGUCGGGUACACAUCAGAGACCUUCCAUGGCUUGGCAAGCUUGGGCUUGAUCUCGUGGUCAAUGAAGGCGUCGACGUCGGCGACAUCCUCCAGAAGAGAAAAGGGGGUGGCGGCAGGUCCACUUGUGCUGGAUGCUUCUCCCUGGGGCUCGUUUGCGGCCGUGCUGACGAUAUCCUCGGCGAUCUCUGCCAUGGCGGCAAGCGUCUUGGUCUUGAAGAUCUGCGCCACCGAGAUCUUGAAGCCAGCAGGCCGCGCCUCCGAAGCAAGCUUCAUAGCACCGAUGGAGUCGCCACCGAGCUUGAAAAAGCUGUCGUCGGCCCCGAUCCCUGCAGCGUCAAGAUACAGUAUCUGCGCCCAGAGGUGACGCAGGCGCAUCUCUUUGUCCGAGAGCAGCUCGGAUCCGUUUUGAACCCUGCUUGA